AAGGCCGAUUAGCAUUCAUUUACCUACCAUGGCUCGUUCAUAGUGAACGCCGGUCAUUUACGGUUGUUGUCCCCAACAUCCAAUAGCCAUCCGAUGUUUGGCAAAAUUCGCAACAUGCUACUACGAGGGCAGAGACAUGAAUUUCUCUCUCACCUUAGUGGUGCGGACGUAUGGAAUUCUCGGCAGACGAGUGAUUUAGUGCAGGGCUCAGCUGAGAAAAAGCCUAACCUCUAAAUACGCACCGACAUGAGGCUGUUGAUCAGCCAGCGAGUCAUAACGUGUUUCCGGCUGUUGGCUAACUUCGCACUGAGUGAAGGUCAUGGCCAACCGUAGGCGUUGGAACGAUCGAUGGUUAUAUCUGUGUAUCUCCCUGACUACGCGACAAAGUCGGCUUAGGCGACCGAAACUGCAACUUGCAUGUGUGCACGUGAUGGCAGCUCAGCUGAGGACGAGGUUAGAUAUUGCAACGGUUGUCAAUGUUAUUGAAUCACAGGUAAUGGAGCACGAACAGACAACGCAGUCGGGAUCACGUAACGUUCCUGUUAGUCAGCGCGCGCUGAUUAUUCGGCUGUACGGUGAAUGCGGUGUAAACGCCGCAUCAGCUUCAAGAAAAUACAACGCAAUGAACGCAGGAAUGCGUCCCCUCACCGCCCGGUACGUGCUUAAACUAAUGAAGAAGUUCGAGCAAACUGGUAGUGUGUGUGACAUGAAGAGAACCGGACCGCCUCGCAUCGCCACGGACGACCGUUCAGCUUGCGCUGUAGUCAGUGAAGUGUCAAAAAGUCCCGACCUCAGCAUUCGUCGGAUCGCACAGCACUGCGACACGACCCGAUAUGCGGUACACCGGAUAUUACUGGAACGAAAAUUUCGGAGGUUUCGUGCACUUCAAUUGCAAGUUUUGAACCCAUGCGAUCCGGAGAAGCGGCAUGAAUUUUGCCGCUGUUUUCUGGAUCACGGGGAUAUUUGUUCUGUUAUCCUUACAGAUGAGGCAUUGUUUCAUCUGCAUGGAACAAGGAAACUACUGUUGGGCUACCAGCAACCCACGAAAAUUUACCGCAUCACGUAUGAACCACAGUGUGAAACUGAUGGUUUGGGCCGGAUUAACAAGCCAGAAAAUCUUGGGCCCAUAUCUCUUUUCCGGGAAUGUGACCGGUAGGUUGUUGUUUUGAAG